AUGAGCAUCGGGAGACGUGAAAGCCAGCGGACACAGUGGACGACGUGCCUCUGCUUGAUCUGCUUGAUGUUCGCGGCGGCGAUAGCCACGACGCUGGCGGUGCACUACCUCUCGCCGGUGGGCUCGGCGAGGAAGAACACCAUGGCCGCCGCAACGGUCCUCAUCUGGAUCGGCCUGGGCUGCCUCCUGUGGUCGUUGCCCCCACCAGAACAAGAAAGCAUUAUCAACCACCGUUUGUUCCACCGCCGCUGA